CGUUCAGAAUGACUGACGGUAGGCUUAUGCUAGCACUGGCCUAUCCGACGGUCAGUGUUAAAAGCAAUUUCGUGUGAAUCUCGCGGCGGGUUGGUGGCUUGAUGAGCAGUAGCCUUUCGAGACGUCUACAGGAAAGGAUUUGUGCUGUGGAAACUCUGGGCGUGGAAAAUCCUUGGCAAAUUGACCGCUUUACUUGCAUAUUAGAACUGAAAGAGAAGGACACCGAUCAUGGCUCGCCUCUUAACUGUAAUAGUCAUAGCGAUGGCGGCGUCUAGAUGCAGUGCAAUCUUCCCAUUUAAUCUGGAAGCAGUUGACGUGGUGGUGACAAACGUAAAGGACCAUCUCGAUGAUACCAUCGACCCCUACUUAGUACCCAUCGAACACAACACCUAUGGACAGAGCCCUUAUGGAUAUGUUCCCCAGAAGUAUGUGAAUGAACCUAUCUGCCCACUGUACAUAAAACCUGUGUGGGAAGAAGCAGUGGUGCAACAGGUUGUGCACUCUCUGGUGACAGUAUGGGAGAAAUUACAGAAAACGGAAUUUGUCCAUGUGACUGAAACCUUGAAAUAUCCUGUGACAGUGAUAAAUCGGUCUACUGUUACAAUACCAGCGCCGCCCAUUUACAAGACCGAAACUAUUAUAGUGCCGGAGGAGAAAACGGUAAUGUCUGCUAGGAUUGACACUGUUACAUACACCAUAACCCAGACUAACCUUGAGGUUAUAACAUACACACUAACAAAUACAAUCACUACAACAACCUUUGAAGCUGAAUGGAUUACCCUCACCGAGUACGAGACAUCCUGGGAAACGGUGAAUGUACCUGUGACUAGUAUCACCACAGUCUGGACUCAAGAGGUAGAGGUUGUGACACAGCCUGUGUAUGUGACAACGAAUCUGUGGGUCGAGGCGCCUCAGCUUAGCCUUAUCACUUCCACACACUAUGUACCACACUACCACACCCAGACCACCACCGUCACCAACAAAGUCUAUGAGACCAUCUGUACUAAACCAGGAUAUUAUUGAUAUACUGUAUAGUUACUGCUUUGUAAAUAUUGUAUAUGGCAUCGAUUUUAUUUCACUGAUUUUUAAAGAUAAUAAAAAUAUUUUUAACUUUUA